GAAAAGAAGAAGUAUCCUACAAGAACGGAGAUUCACAAAUUGGUGGGUGCCUGUGAGUAAUCGAGAAAGGGAACUUGAAAUCCCCCCAUCGUUUUCUCACUGCCCUUCAUUUCUCAAAUCUCCUCCUCCUCCAGGAAACCCUAGUUAGUAAUCUGCAGAAAUGGCGUUUUCAGAUAACUCAAGACAAUCAUUGAUUCCAAACUUUCUUUAUUCCACUUCAUCAACAACUAAAUCAGUUGGUUUAGAUAAACUUUUGAGUGGAAAUCGAACUUUCCCUUCAUCUUCUACAUCAUCCUCGUCGAUUGCUUCUUCUUCAUCCUCCAGUUUUGUUGUGGCUGCACCAAAUGAACCAGGAAAGAUUGAGAUGUAUUCACCUGCUUUCUAUGCUGCUUGUACUGCUGGUGGUAUUCUAAGUUGCGGUCUUACUCAUAUGGCUGUUACUCCUCUAGAUCUUGUCAAGUGUAAUAUGCAGAUUGAUCCUGCGAAAUACAAGAGCAUCUCUUCUGGUUUCGGGGUUUUGCUGAAAGAACAGGGGGUUCGAGGUUUCUUCAGGGGAUGGGUGCCUACUCUAUUUGGUUACAGUGCACAGGGUGCUUGCAAGUUUGGAUUUUAUGAAUUCUUUAAGAAGUACUACUCUGAUCUUGCUGGUCCAGAGAAUGCAGCCAAAUACAAGACUCUCAUCUACCUGGCUGGUUCUGCGUCUGCUGAGGUUAUUGCUGAUGUGGCCUUGUGUCCCAUGGAAGCUGUGAAGGUACGAGUCCAAACUCAGCCUGGAUUUGCCAGGGGAUUGUCAGAUGGAUUCCCAAAGUUUGUGAAGGCUGAUGGUUAUGGAGGGUUGUACAAGGGUCUUGUUCCUCUCUGGGGUCGACAAAUUCCAUACACUAUGAUGAAGUUUGCAUCUUUUGAGACCAUAGUGGAGAACAUUUACAAGCAUGCUGUCCCCAAGCCCAAGGACCAGUGCAGUAAAUCCAUGCAAUUAGGUAUCAGUUUUGCUGGUGGAUACAUCGCUGGUGUCUUCUGUGCUAUUGUUUCUCACCCUGCUGACAAUCUUGUGUCAUUCCUUAACAACGCCAAGGGUGCCACUGUUGGUGAUGCCGUGAAGAAGAUCGGUGUCUUGGGUCUAUUCACUCGUGGUCUUCCAUUGCGUAUUGUCAUGAUUGGAACCCUUACCGGAGCACAAUGGGGUAUCUAUGAUGCUUUUAAGGUGUUCGUUGGCCUGCCUACAACUGGAGGUGCCCCACCUGCUGUGGCUGCUGCUCCUGACGCCCUAGAGGCUUGAAAUGCGAGAUGAUACUCAUGAUAGUUCGGACAGACAUUAGAAAAAGAGGAAAACGAAGGAAUUAAGAGGGGCUUGUAACUUUUGUUAUUUUGCGAUUAUUAUUUUUUAUUUUACUACUUGUCCAUUUGGAAGGAUGGUUUUGUUCUCAUCCUUCAAAACCUCUGGAUUUUUUUUUUGAAGUAGUAAUUGUGACCAUCGAGUCAAAUCCUGAUGUAGAUUUGGGAAACUAUAGGACCAAAAGGGAAAACGGAAAAAUAAUCAGUCCGUCUGAAAUACAUCAACUUUUGUGCAUCAUUUUCUAUGAUCUCUUUUUGAAUGUUACUAAAUUUGUAAUGGAAAUAAAGUAAACAUUACCAAUAAAA